CAUAUCGGUAAUGGUGCCCCGUUUCGUCCAGCAGCGCAGACGUUAAUUUUAAAAAACUUUCGACAAUAAAUUUAAGUAUCAUGUUAAAAGGGGUAUAAUAUCCAAGGAACUUAAGGGGCCCCUAAGUGAUAUUAAACUUUCUUUUUCGUGUGUACUUGAAGAACAUAUCGAACCUGGGACCAUAGUUAUAAGUGAAAUUUGAUCGUGCUGUUGGUGGGAGUUUGUUAAUGUGCACUAGAAGAAGGUUUUGAAGACCAUCACAGAAGUUGAAAGGUAGCUUAAGCAGCCAUGGAAGACGGACAUGCGAAAACUGUGGAUGAGGUUUUAAAUUAUUUCUCUGUGGAUCCAGAGAGAGGUCUUACACCUGAUCAGGUGAAGAGAAAUCAGGAGAAAUAUGGACCAAAUGAACUGCCAGCUGAAGAGGGCAAGUCGAUCUGGCAGUUGGUUUUGGAACAGUUCGACGAUCUGUUAGUGAAGAUCUUAUUGUUAGCAGCGAUCAUCUCAUUUGUCCUAGCUUUGUUUGAAGAACAUGAUGACCAGAUCACCGCCUUUGUUGAACCAUUCGUUAUAUUGCUUAUCCUCAUUGCUAAUGCUAUCGUUGGUGUAUGGCAGGAGAGGAAUGCAGAAUCUGCCAUUGAAGCAUUGAAAGAAUAUGAACCUGAAAUGGGUAAGGUUGUGCGAGGCGAUAAAUCUGGCGUCCAAAAGAUUCGUGCCAAGGAGAUUGUCCCUGGUGACGUAGUUGAAGUGUCGGUUGGUGACAAGAAAAAAAAAAAUAUCCGUCUGAUCAAGAUCUUCUCUACCACCUUGAGGAUUGACCAGUCCAUCCUGACAGGAGAGUCUAUCUCUGUAAUCAAGCACACUGACGCCGUUCCUGACCCCCGAGCUGUGAACCAGGACAAGAAGAACAUUCUUUUCUCUGGCACCAAUGUUGCUGCUGGCAAGGCUCGUGGUGUUGUGAUUGGGACUGGCCUCAACACUGCCAUCGGUAAGAUCCGAACUGAGAUGUCUGAGACUGAGGAAAUUAAGACCCCUCUGCAGCAGAAACUGGAUGAGUUUGGUGAACAACUUUCCAAGGUUAUUUCUGUCAUCUGUGUUGCUGUGUGGGCCAUCAACAUUGGACACUUCAAUGACCCAGCUCAUGGUGGUUCCUGGAUUAAGGGUGCGGUGUACUACUUCAAGAUUGCUGUUGCCCUGGCUGUUGCUGCCAUUCCUGAGGGUUUGCCUGCCGUCAUCACCACCUGUCUGGCCCUGGGAACGAGACGUAUGGCCAAGAAGAAUGCCAUUGUGCGCUCCUUGCCCUCUGUAGAAACCCUGGGUUGCACGUCUGUCAUCUGCUCUGAUAAGACUGGCACGCUGACCACGAAUCAGAUGUCUGUUAGCCGAAUGUUCAUCUUUGAAAAGGUUGAGGGUAAUGACAGCUCAUUCCAUGAAUUUGAGAUCACUGGUUCAACAUACGAACCUAUCGGUGAUGUAUUCCUUCGAGGUCAAAAGGUAAAGGGUGGAGACUAUGAUGGUCUUCAUGAGAUUGGAACCAUUGGUAUUAUGUGCAAUGACUCUGCGAUUGACUUCAAUGAAUUCAAGCAGGCAUUUGAGAAGGUUGGUGAAGCUACUGAAACUGCUCUGAUUGUACUGGCUGAGAAGACCAACCCUUACAAUAUAGCCAAGCAGGGCCUAGACCGCCGUGCAUCUGCAAUUGCUGUCAGGCAAGACAUGGAGACCAAAUGGAAGAAGGAAUUUACCUUGGAGUUCUCCCGAGAUCGCAAAUCUAUGUCUUCUUACUGUGUGCCACUGAAGCCAACUCGUCUUGGCAAUGGACCCAAGCUGUUUGUGAAGGGAGCGCCUGAGGGAGUGCUAGAUCGUUGCACUCAUGCCCGUGUUGGGACCCAGAAGGUGCCUCUGAGUGCAACCCUGAAGAACCGCAUUCUGGAACUCACACGGCAGUAUGGCACUGGUCGUGACACGCUUCGCUGCUUGGCUCUUGCAACUGCUGAUAAUCCUAUUAAACCUGAAGACAUGGAUUUGGGUGACUCUACCAAGUUCUACACAUAUGAAGUGAACCUGACUUUUGUUGGUGUUGUGGGAAUGUUGGACCCUCCCCGCAAGGAGGUGUUUGACUCAAUUCAGAGGUGCCGUGCUGCUGGUAUCCGUGUCAUUGUCAUCACUGGUGAUAACAAGGCCACUGCUGAAGCCAUCUGCCGCAGAAUUGGCGUCUUUGGAGAGGAUGAGGACACAACUGGAAGAUCUUACUCCGGCCGUGAAUUUGAUGAUUUGCCGAGCAGCGAGCAGAAAGCUGCAGUUGCUCGAGCCAGGCUGUUCUCCAGAGUAGAGCCUGCACAUAAGUCCAAGAUUGUGGAGUUCUUGCAGAGCAUGAAUGAAAUUUCUGCUAUGACGGGUGAUGGUGUGAAUGAUGCACCUGCCCUGAAGAAGGCUGAAAUUGGCAUUGCCAUGGGCUCUGGAACUGCUGUUGCCAAGUCUGCUUCUGAGAUGGUGUUGGCUGAUGAUAACUUCUCCUCUAUCGUGGCUGCUGUUGAGGAAGGCCGAGCCAUUUACAACAACAUGAAACAGUUUAUCCGAUACCUGAUCUCUUCAAACAUUGGUGAAGUUGUGAGUAUCUUCCUGACUGCUGCUUUGGGUCUUCCUGAGGCCCUCAUUCCGGUUCAGUUGCUUUGGGUCAACUUAGUAACAGAUGGUCUUCCCGCCACUGCCCUCGGCUUCAACCCCCCGGAUCUCGACAUUAUGUCCAAGCCCCCACGUAAGAGUGAUGAGUCCCUGAUUUCUGGCUGGCUGUUCUUUCGUUACCUGGCUAUUGGAUUUUAUGUAGGUGCCGCAACAGUUGGUGCUGCUUCUUGGUGGUUCAUGUACAGUCCUCUUGGACCAGGGUUGAAUUAUUAUCAACUGACUCACCAUCUUGCUUGCAUUGGUGAAGGAGAGGAGUUCAAGGGAGUUGACUGCCAUGUUUUCACUGACCCUCAUCCCAUGACCAUGGCUCUGUCUGUACUCGUCACCAUUGAGAUGCUCAAUGCCAUGAACAGCUUGUCUGAGAACCAGUCACUAGUUGCGAUGCCCCCAUGGUGCAACUUGUGGCUGAUGGGAUCCAUGAUUCUGUCUUUCACUCUCCACUUUGUCAUCCUUUACGUUGAGAUCUUGUCCACUGUUUUUCAGGUAACGCCUCUUAAUGUCGAUGAGUGGGUGACCGUCAUGAAAUUCUCCAUCCCUGUUGUGCUACUUGAUGAAACACUCAAGUUUGUUGCCAGAAAGUUUGCUGAUGGUGAGAACUUCAUUUAUACCCUGCACUGGAUUGUUAUUAUGUGGGGGGCAUUCAUUGCCUUGAUAUUGUUCGGCCCCCUUUAGGAAAUAAUAGUGGAUGUGAAUUUUUGCCUACCUAAACCAGCCACAAAUAAAUACUACUUCACCCCUGGACUUUUGAACAUUAACUUAUAAAUUAAUAUAAAAUAUGGUGAGAGAGAGAAAGAGAGACAGUCUCAAUCGACAGAGAUUUGUUUUGGAACAGUUUAACCUUAACACCCUCCCUAUGCCGAGCAUGGAGAGAACUGGUGCUUUGGUCACAGUGUGUGACUGCAGAGGCAGUAUUAAGUGACAGUGGACCAGAGACGGGGUGUGGAGUGGUUCGGUGGAGAACAGGGUCGAGGGGUGUGUCUUCCUUCCCAGGACACAAAAGGGAAUUGCUCACUCAGAAACCAGGGAUCAUUGUGUUUUCCUGUACAAGUGAUCAGUACAAAACUCGACCUCCUUCCAGAAAGGUGUUUUCGUGCUGCACCGAAUAACCUUGUGCUAUGAGUAUGUUUUGAUAACAUUUACUCCUUUACAUUUUUCUAACUGUAAAGGCAUUCAUUUUGUAAUUAGUAGGGAAGUGCCUUUUUAAGACUCACCUCUUUUUGUCAGAUGGUCAUUUUGUUUUUUGCACCUAGUUUCUUUCAUGGUUUUUUUUUUCUCUCUGAAAAUUUGCUGACAGCUGUCGAGUUUUUGCUUACCUGUGUACAUAAUGUUUUAGGCAGAGCCCUUAUUAUAUUAUACAUUCUGACAAUAAUUUUAAUGAGGUUUAGCCAUGGAGUUGAAAGGGAGGGUGGGAUUUUUUGAACAACAAACAUGCAUAUUUGUAUGAAACAGGAAACUUCUGUUAUGGGUACUACAUCAUGUCUGCCAUUUUGAUCUACAAAAGAAACUAUUCAGUAAUGGUUUUGUAUCGUAGUCUGAAUUAAUUGUAUAAAAAAGCAUGAUGUAACCCAUGUAAUUGCAGCAAAUUUUAUUUGUCCAUUUCAUUUCUGGGGAUAAAGAGUUUCAUGCAUAAGAAUUAUUUAUUUUUAAUGGCAGACUCUUUAUGGGCUUUGUGCGGGAUCACAAGGUUCUGUUUGAAGAGGCGCUGUUUACUUAGGUAAUAAUGCCGGACAAGUGCAUUUUUGUUCCAUUUAGUUCAUUGUGUUUAUCUGUAUAUUCAACAUUUAAAUUAUUGUUAUUAAACUGUUACCAGAUAUUGAUAAUACAUAUCAGUGAAAAGUGGAAGUUUUUGAUUGCUGAAGAAUGGUGGCAGAAUUAUCUUAAAAUAGCAUUUCCUGUUUUGACAUUUCUUAUUUGAGAAAGUUAGGUUACCCUUCAGGUAUUGUAUUGCGUGAUUUAUUGCUGCGUUUGCGAUUUCAUUAUCGAUUCAGGUGGGGAGACAGAGUGGCCUUCAGACAGAAAAGAAAUUACAGUGGGAUGGGAAGAAGAGAAACGUGGCUUUAAAAAGAUUGCUUAAGUGAAGAAUAUACUGAGGGAACGUUAGCAAUGUGAAUGGAUACAAAAAUUUCCAUGUAUUUAAUUUUGUAUUUUGCUUUUCGUUUUGUGAUGUGGAACAUAUAUGAAGCCAUCCAUUCACUCAGUGGCCAGCUCUGUACCUUCUAUGCUUCCAUCCCAUCCUGUGGCUCAGCCUAUCUGUGCAAACCUGUGCCCAUGCACCUCUGCACGCUAAAACUACUGCUGUGAAUAAUGGACUGGCAUUAACUUACUCUUGUGUGUUAUGAAUCAUUAUUAUUUUCCAUAUUUCUUUUUCACGGAAGAAAUAUAUUUAUGCAUGAUGCUUUAUCACUUUGAAGCACAACAAGACCUUUUGUUUGAGAAAAUGACAUACCCCAGCUAAUGGUUCCUACAUGUUGUAGGUUGAAUUUUUCUUCUGUUGGGUUUGGUAUAAUGCAUUGAAAAUUCUUCCAUAUAGUCAUAGUUUUAGUAUGGCUAAAACAAGUUGAUUUCACUUCCAACACGCAAACAGAAGAGAAAGAGUUUAGAAAUUUAAUGUUUGUUAAUGUAUGAAUGAAUACAGGGAAAAUUAUUAGUAAGUACGAAUUAGAUUUGUGUGUAUGCGAGUGCAUUUGAUCCUUUUAAGGGCAUGUGUUAGACAAAAAAGUAUUAACCGUCAUGAUCUAAGCAAGCAGUUCCUCUGCUUCAUGCAAAAAUAACCUAAUGUUGGUGAACAGUUUAAUGAACUCGCUGGAGGGAAGUAAGACUUAGUUUUAUACAAAUAACACUAAUAUUAGUGCAGAUCACUUACCUGAAAUGAGUUUCAUGUUAAGUGUUCUUUCAUGCUGAGAAAGAGAUUUUACAUUAUUAGUGAACGGUUCAGCUCCUCCAGUUUCAUUUAAAUUGUUCAGUGCAUUUUAAUGAGAGAAUUGGAAUCUAAAAGUAACAUAAAUAUGGUGUGUAAAUAUCAAGUAAUGUAACAGUGGAACAACUUGUUAAUGAGAACUUGUGUUACUAAUAAAAGAAAUUAAUAUUUUAAAGAAAAAUGAGUGUAACUUACAUUAAGUGUUUGCAUGCUGUUUGUACUUGCUGAUAAGCUUCUUUCUCCGCCUACUGACAUGCUUGAUUUCUUUCCACCUCCCUUUUAUCAUACCAUAUUUUGAUUAUGUAGCUAUAGUUCAGUGGUUUUAAGAGUUCUUUUUGGUUUUAUUUUCUACCCCUUUAAUUAUUAUGAUUUAUCAAUACAAAACAGGAACUAUAUCCACCAUCUCUAAUGGCUGUGGCAGGUUAAUUGCUGAAAGCACAAUCCACUUUUCGGUAGGGAUUUGUAGAUCAGACGAGGUAGAGGCGUGUAUAUUUCCUUUAUCUCGAGUGGCAUAAAACAAAAUGUGUUUGCGGCAAUAGCUCCUCGCAUUAUAAAUUUGUACUUAAGUACAAAUGCAUGUAUAGCUGUGGCACAGCACUGGACUAAUGACAAUAACAUUUUUAUGUGAUGUCAACCUUAAAUUUAAUUCGCUCGACGGCUAUGAUAAAUAGAAGUAGGAAGGAACUUGUGAGGUCUGGUUGAAGGGGCCCGUGCCAUUGCUCCAAAUAAUCGGACACAACCCACGUGCUUUGUAUCUAUUGUAUUGAAACUGUUGGCUCCAGUAUGACUGAAGACAAACUGGCUACCAACAUAAAUAACAUCAGUGCAGAGAUGGAAAGGGAACUUUAUGUGAAGUGUUUAUAUGGAAGUAAUAAAUUAAAUUUGGCUGCAGA